AUAAAAUAUGCGUUGGAGUUUUCAUUGAAUUAUAAUUACAAUUAUAAUUACAUAAUAGGAUUAGGUUAGAUUAAUAUAGUGAGGAAGAUGUCUAAUGGAGAAGAUAAAACUCCUAAAAGGAGUAUUGAAGAGUUAUUAAAACUUUUAAGUACUGGAGAGAAAUUAACUGAAACUGAACAAAAACAGAUGAAAGAUUAUAAAUUUUGGAAGACUCAACCAGUUCCAAGUUUAGAAGAGAAAAUUGUUACUGAAGGUCCAAUAGAUACUUCUAAAACUCCUGAAGAUAUUCCAAAUACUCCAUUUCCAUUACUUAAAGAAUUUGAAUGGAGUACUAUAGAUAUUGAAAAUAAAGAUCAAUUAGAUGAAGUUUAUCAACUUUUAUAUGAACAUUAUGUAGAAGAUCAAGAUGGAACUUUUAGAUUUAAAUAUAGUCAUGAAUUUUUUAAUUGGGCUUUAAAACCUCCAGGUUGGACUAAAAAUUGGCAUGUUGGAGUUAGAGUUAAAGAUACAAAUAAAUUAGUUGCAUUUAUUUCUGCUAUACCAGUUACAUUAAAACUUAAUAGUUCUCAAAAGGAAAUUCCUAGUGUUGAAAUUAAUUUUUUAGUUAUUCAUAAGAAAUUAAGAAAUAAGAGAUUAGCUCCUGUUUUAAUUAAAGAAAUUACAAGAAGAGUUAAUAAAGAAAAUAUUUGGCAAGCUCUUUAUACUGCUGGAGUUGUAUUACCAUCUCCACUUGCAGUAUCCCGUUAUACUCAUCGUCCAAUUAAUUGGUCAAAACUUCAUGAUGUUGGAUUUUCUCAUUUACCUGCUAAUCAAACUAAAGCUGGAAUGCUUGCAUAUUAUGCUUUACCUAAUACAACUAAAACUCCAGGAUUAAGAGAAUUAGAAGAAAAAGAUUUAGAUGAAACUUUUAAAUUAUUUACAGAGUUUCAAAAGAGAUUUGAAUUAAUUCAAGAUUUUACUAAAGAAGAAUUUAAUCAUUGGAUGUUAGGUGGUAAAAAAGAUGGAAGUAAAUCAAAUGUAAUUAAAGUAUAUGUAGUAGAAAAUGAAGAUGGAAAGAUUACAGAUUUCUUUUCUUAUUACUUAUUACCAUUUACUGUUUUAAAUAAUUCUCAACAUGAUGAAUUAGGGAUUGCAUAUUUAUUCUAUUAUGCAUCUGAUUCUGCUGGUAAAGAUAAUUAUAAACAAAGAUUAAAUGGAUUAAUGACUGAUGCAUUGAUUACUUCUAAACAAUUUAAUGUAGAUGUAUUCAAUUGUUUAUCAUCGCAAGAUAAUAGUUAUUUCAUAAAAGAUGCUAAAUUUGGUAGUGGAGAUGGAUUCUUAAAUUAUUACUUAUUUAAUUAUAGAACUUUCCCAAUGCAUGGAGGAAUUGAUCCUAAAACUAAAGAAGUAGUCGAUGAUAAAACCAGUGGUCUUGGAGUAGUAUUACUUUAAUAAUCUCCCAUUAUUUAUUCACUGUAUAGAUUUACAAUAUCUAAUCUCUCUUUAAUAAUAUAUAUACCAUUUAUAAAUCAUUUCUCAGUUUAUCUGUAUACAGGAAUCUGAAAAAUUUAUUGUGCAGGCUCAUCUCUAUGGGUCUAAAAAAUUUUAGAAUACAAAGUUUAAG